AUGGCAUCCCAAAUCCCAGCACUACCACAGUCCUUUGCUCCAGGGACUGACAGCGUCUUCUCAGACCAGUCAGGCUUUUACUCCCUGGACGCCAAUGUUCCUGGGCUUUCCAAGGUGAUCCUCAACAAGCUCAACAUGACGGACUAUGGAGAGUACAGGUAAUCAGCUACUGCCGUUGUUAUUUAUCCGCAUUAGCAAAUGUGAGCUGACAGUGUAUGAGUUUCAUGUCUUGUGCUUUUUGGCAAAUAAAGUGUCUAAUUCUAUCAGGGCGGCUCUUGAGGGGAAAGCGAAAGGAAUCCAGUUUCAAAACUACAAGGAGUUGUUUCAGAAGAUGGAGGAGACUUUCAAGUUCUGCACCAGCUGCAACAAACUCCCCGAGCAUCUCACCGAGGGACAGACGCUGAAGCGCUGUGUGAAGUGAGUGCUGAGCCACAAACUGAGUGACUGCAGGAACCAUCAAUGAGCUCCGUUAAGUAGGUGCUCAGUGAUGAAUGAUCGGCAGUAUUCUCGCAUUAACUCAGAUUAACAUCAAUCAUUGUUGCCUACCAGAAUAUUUUAGGAGAGUGAAACCUACACUGCUGCUGCUGGGCUAGCUCUAUAUUAUCGCCCGGUCAGGAUGCUGCUUUGGCAUCGUUGCCCAAUAGCUGUCAUGUGCUAAGCAUUACCAGUUGCUGUUGUAUCAGUAGCAGAUUCUGGGACACCAAAGAGAGGACAGCUCUACUGGGGUGGACUUUGUCCAAUAGCAAAUAUAGCAAAGUGCCAUGACUAUGAUUCAUCAUGCUGCAACUCUGCAGCGUAUUUAAAGUGACUUUAUACUGCUAAUGUCAAACAAAACACAGCUUUUCAAAGAGUGCACUAAGAAUAAGAAGUGAAGUACACAGUCUGCUGUGUACUCACCGGUGUCUUAUUGUGUCUAAUCUCUCUCAAGGCUCCCUGCUCUCUUUCCUGUCAUUUCUAUCCCUUUCUCUCAACUCACACACACUUUCUCUCACAUGCUGUCUUAAAUGUGCUUUCCCUUGAAAUUCCCAGCUGCCAGUCUCUACCAAAAAAGUCAGAGGCAGCAGCAGACACAGAGCAGAACUGCUGACAACUUAGACUCCUGUGAACUUUGACAUCUGAGAGUAACCACAAUAGUGUUGUGUCAUGACUUUCAUUAUCAUUGUCAUCCUCAUUCUGAAUCAGCAGAUCUUUUUGCUUUUAAAUCCAACUCUGCUGAAGUGUUCUGUUUUACUUCUCAAGGACAUUUGUUUUCACACACUGUUUGGGGCUACCAUAUUUAGAUAGGAGCCUCUGUCAGAGUCCUGGCACAAAACAUUGACCCACUAAUGGUUUUUCUUAAACUAUGGGUACCCUUUAGUGAUAGUCUUGCAUGGCACCAUCUGUUAUCCAACAAAUAACCUCCCUGCUUGGUGGUUUGUCAACAGUAAACUCACAUUCAUAAAAAGGGCUAAGGUAAUCAGUGUUAUAUUUCAGUUUUGUCACCAGCAGCUGUCUGUAACAGGACAGAAUUCAUCCUCUGACAUGAGCUCAUAUCUGAAUGACAGAGUCAAAUAUACAGGCUGGAGGGGUGCUGAGGGCCUAUAGUAGUCCAAGCUCCCCAUAUAUAGGUCAUAGGUUAGGGUCCACGUUAAAGGGGGGGUAGGCAGGAUCUGAGGAAGUUCCAGUUUGUGGGAGAAAUCUUGAAUGUAAACUCUACCCCUCCCAAUCAGUUUUUCUCUCAGCCACCCCCCCCCCCCCCCCCGCUCUAGCAAGCCUCGCCCACAAACAGACGCUCCUGCUCGCUUGUAUCGUUCCAAUUAAAUUCAGAUAUUAUGCAAAUAAAUACUUCAAAUAAUUACAAAUGGGGCCCAGUCAACGUGAAAGUAAAACGCAUUGGUGCUACUUUAGAUGCCAACAGACUACCAGCAAACACAAUGUUUUUAGGACUUCUACAACUAGGAUAAAGUGACAUACUCCUGGACCUGAGUUAAACAGUUUAGCGGCGCUACAACACGCAGCAGGUCCCGUUUGACAAAAAACACUUCUGUGACAGACACCUGGCUUACUUUGUUAGAGCGGUUUAUCUGUCCAGCAGAAAGAUUACAGGGUCCGGAAGAUCCCGAAGCAUCCCAAACGUUUAUGCUAGCUUCAUUGAUGUUGAUUCGGCUUCUUAGCUCUUGUCUGGUCUACCUCCUUUUUAAGCACCCAUUAUUCCGCCAGGGUCUCCAGUAUUUACUUUGUUUUCUUGUCUGUGUUGGCAGCUGUGGCCAAAGGAGGAUCCAGACUAUUUCCAUUACUUUCUGGUUGGUUUCUACUGUCCAAUAUUGUAGCACACUAACUUUGUUUGGGCUCGUGAACAACAUGGGGGAGCAGUGUCUGCCUCACAACCAAUCAGCACUAAGGAGCAGCAUCCACCUCACAACCAAUCAGGUUGGGGGAGGUAGAGAAUGACUUUGUUUACAGUCAGAAAGAGCGGGCUGCUCAAAAAAUAUAAAAUGUUGACUACAAAGACGGAACAAAACACAGCAAUAUCGUUCUAUUACCAAAUGUCAUCAAUAACUGAUAGCUAUGGACUGAUUUUAAAAGCUUUUUUGUAUCUAUGUACACCACAAAAAAAGAGAUGCUUCUUUAACAGAAUCCUGCCUACCCCACCUUUAAGACAAGCUGGGUCCUGGACCAAGGAUAAAGUUGCAAACUUGGUGCACUAUUUACCAUUUUCAUUAAGAACUAGUACCUUAAAAUCCAUAAGUAAAGUGAACUUCUUGACUAAAACAUUACUUCAUUCGUUUUUCACUUUUUUAUUCAUAAAUAGUUCCUCCAGUAAGUAAAUAAAAACAUGAAAUUCAUUUUGCUGAUUAAGAGAACAGAGUUUUUGACCUGAUUAUAGAGCUAAAUAUUCAUCACAAGUCAUGAUUCAUUCAAGUCAGUAACUACACUGGUCAUCAGUUUUUAUAAACGGUGAGAUCAAUUUCUUACAGUGGUUGAUUUCAGUCUGGACUAUAUAUGACUAAAUGAAAAAGUGAAAUUACCAUCUUGAGACCUUUUCAGGUGAAAAACAGACGAUCAGGAGUGGAAAGUCGAAAGAAUACAAUUUUGUCAAGGAACUCCUCCUUUUAAUCCAUCCCUCGGUUUCUCCUCUUUAAUUUCUGUGGUGCUUUCCUCCUCUCACAGAUGCCUGAAUGUUUACUACUGCACCAAGGACUGCCAGAAAAAGGACUGGCCUCAGCACAAAAAGGUCUGCAAGAUGUUGCGCCUGGUGGCUGUUGACAGACUGGUGGAGUGGCUGAUGUUUGCUGGUGAGAAAUUAAAACAGAGUUUCUAAAAUUAAAAUUUCCUUGCUAGUUCUUUGUGGACGCAAAACGAAGAGAUUACGUUAUUGAGAUGGUAAGAUGGUAUAUUGAAGGGUAAGCUCUCAGACAUUAAGGGCUUGAGGUAAAAGAUGGACUGGAAGUCACAGUAGUGGGAACACUGGUAUGGUUUAGAAACCCUCCAAAGUCUUGAACUCUGAUGGCUCUGAAAUAUAUUUAUCAUGCAGGAGACCUCCCAAUCUCCACUGAGAAGUGGUCUAAGCCCACUGCUGAGGUGCGAAACUGGGACAACUGGCUUCCCAUGCAGGUGGACCUUUCACCUCGUCUGGACACCAUAAUAUCUGGUUCCAACAUGUCGACCCUUUGGAAGAAUGCCACCAGACCCAGGCCGGAUGACACAGACCUCAAAGAGUCUCUAUGGCGCAUUCAGAGCGAGUUCCUCUCCCGAGUUCUCACAGUUGGUAUGGCUGUGCAACAAUAUAGCCUCAACCCAUAUGCAAAACCACUGACAAUUCACCUAGCAGGAGCGUCACAUAAUGAGACGAUGGGAGCCAGACUUACUGACUUUGAUGAGCUGAACAAGAUGUUCCCUGAACAUCAAGGUAUCGAGAUCGUCAUGGUGGGACCAGAGGUGGUGAACAGCCCCAUCAUGAGACCUCCCCUCACAGCAUUUGGCCCCAGGAAAAGGGUGUACAUCAGUGCCUACAAAGGCCUCUAUCAUCAGUUCUGGGAGGACGUGCUGGAGAAAGGCAAAGCUGCCAAGCCAGAUUUGGUGGUUGGAUUUCAUCCUGGUAUGUAUGAGCAACUUCCUGCCAAAACAUGAAGAAAGAGACGUGACAGUAUAAUGUCUACUGACAAAAGUCAUCUGUUCUGUUUUUUCUUUAUUGUCCAGUAUUGCUGAAUCAUGUUUGAGAAAACAGGCUGAGUGGUAAUCCAUUUAACUAGGUACGAUGAUAAUUUGGCAUUUUACCGAUAUCUGUAGUAGGUACCAGAUCCUGUAAGUGUAGAUGACUUUCUAGUGGAUGUUGUCUCUCUACUCCCCCUCCACCCUGGGGACUCAAGUAUCUCAGACUGUAACAACAACAAGUGCAUGUGAGCGAGUCAAAGCCUGGAUAUCCCCUAACAGUCUUACAUCAAACCCCAUGGUUCUAAUGGUGUCAACAGAAGACCCUAAACAUUGGCUUUCAUACCAACAUGCUAUUUUAUUAGCUGAAAAAUGUUUUGUUCAACUUUCAAAAGUUGUGGAGCAGGAAAACACAAUUUCUGCAGUUAUUUCAUCGCAAAAUCACAAGUUACUUACUCAAGUAUCAUAAAACAGGUGUUACUCAAACAACAAGCUGAAAAGAUUCACACACACAAAAAAAAAAAGUCAUUAAGACUCAACGUGUCCAUGGUGCCUUCACAACUGUCGCAACCAAUUUCAAAUACAAUUGACAAAUCAAGGAGCUUUUUAGUAUGAGAAAGAAAAAUAAACUCCCCUUAAAUAAAAGUUGAUGAUCAAUCUUUAGAAAUCACAAGACAAUGAAUCACUAAAUACUCCAGAUAACUCUUCUGAAAAUAAAACAGCAAGCAUGGCCAGUCUUGGCCCCCGAACAAAGUAAACUUUCCCCUCCUGGCACUUUUAAAUCACUAAGAGGAGAACAGAGUGAUUGCUGUAACUAUAAAUAGAAACUGCUCAGCUUAAGUGGUCAGCUGUCUUGGAGAAGCGGUGACUUGUCUCCCUUUUAUGCUCAUUCGACAAUUAGCUCUUUGAGAGAACACAGUGAGUCGGCGAUGUAUAACUCCAAGAUCUGGUCUAUUCAUUAGCUCCAGGCUUUUAUUGGAGGUUAGGGUGAUAAAUGGGGGCAGCUUGGAAAGAGUUUGGCUGCUGAUUUCUAGACUCAGCAUAAUGUCAGCAAGCUUUCCUUUUGAAAGGGUUUCCCAGUUUCACUCUGAAAAACAUUGCAAACCCCAUCUGGAUGCAUAAUAACUGUUUUAAACAAUCUCACCCAUCAAUAGCCUUUAAAAAAGUUAUUUCUGAAUCAUGGAUAAAAUCUAGUACAAAAACAAAAAGCAACUGAAAAUAAUUUUCUUUUUUGUGAUGAAUAACAUGUUGACUUCCUCUGUCUUUUCCUCAUCCACUCUCACCAGCAACCACCUCAUUAAAUCUGUACUAUAACCUUACACCCUCCUAAGCCUUUGCACUGAAUCAGUUCUUUGACCCUUUGACCUGCAAAGUAGCAGUAAAGCCCCCAGCCCACCCCUACCAAUAACCCCCAGCUCGGUUAUCACUGCAGGCACCAUUGGAGCUAAAUAUACAGGAAUCAGUCAUCCUGAGAGUAAACUGCCAGAGUGCCUGGCUGGGUUUCAUGCAGCAAAGCUGGCAGGGCACUGCAUUAUGGCACUGUUCAAGUGAUUGGGAAGCAGGAAGCAUGACGAAAGGAAUAAUAAAAGGAAGGUGUAUGAAAGUCACUCAGGGAAAAGGAAUGAGAGGGGAAGGCUGCUAAGGAGCAAUAAAAACAGACAUUUACCAUAUUCACAUGGUGGCUAUUUCCCACACGGGGUGGGUGGCUUCAAUGUUGCUCUUUGUUUUUAACAGAAUCAAAGUUUGAAAUCUAAUAAAUAACUUAAUGUUAUUGAGGCAAUUAUGGGCCAAAAUGUAAUUUAGGAUUAAAGCUUUAAGAUGCAAGUACCACAAUUAGACAACACAUAACUUAAAGGUAUAUUCUGGGGUAAAAUUAAUCAAGGGUCAAACACACAGUAACACCGAGUUAGACACCCCCUCAAGAGAUGAAUGUUGCUGACGGCUUGCUUCUCUAGUUAUAACAACUUUUGCAAUGACCACACGAUAGCAAUACAGAGAGCCACGCGCUAUACCAAAAUGUCACUCUAUAGCCACAAAUAAUGUUCAGAACAGCACCUAACUUCAUCAACAGUACAUAUAGGGUCCCAGCCACAGCACUAGCCACCAAACAUCUUUUUAACUUUGCCUGAUUUCUUUAGCAAAGAGACUAAACACACUCAUCUCUCUUCCAGCAGCUGCUUGUUAGUGCGGAGACCACCGGGUGAGUCCAUCAACUGCAGCAGGGUGAUGCAGCUUAAGGAAGCACAUUUAUGAUCAUUUCUUUAUCAUUUCCUUGAAGUACUAUUCACCAUAUUAAACAUUUUGCACUGCAGACGCGGUAGUUCUUCUGCCUUAGUGUCUCAGUCUGAUUGCAUUUCCAUGAGGAAAUUAUCAUAAAUGUUCUUCCUUGAGCUGCGUCACCCUGCUGCAGUCGAUGGACUCACCCGGAGGUCUAUGUACAAACAAGCAGCUGCUGGAAGAGAGUAGGUGAGUUGUGUUUAGUCUCUUUGCUAAAGAAAUUAGGCAAACCUAAAAAGAUGUUUGGUGGCUAGUACUGUGGCUGGGACCCUAUAUGUACUGUUGAUGAAGUUAGGUGCUGUUCUGGGUAUUAUUUGUUAAACGAGUGGCUCUCUGUAUUGUUAUCUGUGGUUGUUACUAAAGUUGGUAUAACUACGAAAGCAAGCAGUCGGCAACAUUCAUCUCUCGAUGAGGUGUCUAACUUGAUGUUAUUGUGUGUUUGACCCUACCUUAGUUUUAUACUGGAAUAUCCCCUUAAGCUAGCAAUGAUAAACAUUAGCUAGGAAGUUGCAACUCCUCUGUGUUGUAUAACUGAUUGGAUGGUAUUGUUUGCUUGAAAGCCUUUAAAUGCUUAUGUCAGAUGUUAACUUAAUAGUCUUCCUUCCCCACAUGUGGCUUUACUUAUAUCAUCAUUUAUUGUCUUUUCAAUUGCUUACGAAUUGGAAAUCAUCAUAAUUACAAUUAGUACAAUUCUUUGCAUUUGGGCUAUUUGACUUACGCAUUAUAACAUAGUAUCAUAACAGCAUUUAAACCUCUUAUCUGAAGGGAUUCAGAGAAACGACAUCCAUGUGAAUGUGGUCCAUUUAUCUCAGAGAAUAAGACAAGAAAGUAAAAGACCAUCAUCUAUCACAAGAGGAAUAGAUAGAGACGAAACAUGCACCCUGUACUCAAAGUCUACCUGAUAACUGUAUUGUCAUUAUUUUGAUUCAUAGUCAAACAAGUCCAUCACCUUUAACACAAUCUUUUGCACCAUAUGGUCAAAAAUUUGUUCUGGAGCCAGGCAAUUCCCAAGCCAGGCAACAAUGACUCUUUGUCACCUCAUCUCCUAAAGGUCUUCUCGUCUAAAUGCUGUUAAAUGUUUUAUCAUGAUGAGAAGUGUAACCUCAGGGACAGUGGUGUCACGGCAUGCAUUAUUCAGAUCAAAAUCCCUUUCUGCAGUAGGAGCUCUCUGGAAAGAUGUGGCAGGCAGUGGAUGACAUGUUGCCAUCAGGCCUUUACAAUCUUCUGCCUUGUAAUAUACUUGCAAUCGCUCCCAACAAUCUUGUGACCAGUACACACCCUCAGAACAGCUGAAACUUCAGUCAGAUCCCCCCUAUCAUGUUUCGUACAUGCAUAACUCUCCCCAGAUGCUGAUUAGAAUCUAAUCUCUAAUAACACUGAUUUCUGGAAGAACUAAUAACACAAGGCAUUGUUGACCAGUGCAGGGAAAUACUCUAAUUGAUGUUCCCCUGCUUUGAUUUCACUCAAGGACACUUAAGCUGGACGGGUUUAUAGUAUUUGUUGCUAUGGUGGCUUGAACCUCAGUCAUGUGGAUGAAGGUCGUGCUGCUCGGAAAAAAAAAAAAAAACUGACUACUGAUGUAAAGCAAAGUCAGAGCAAAGUGGCAUCUGUCAGUUGAUAUGCUGCAGGAUUAUGAACCAACACAACGCAGAUCCAGUCAGUUUUUGGCUGCUGUGGUGCAAGUCGAAUUGUAACAAAUUCAAGUUCAGCCUGAGUUUUGAUUGUAUUUGUAUUUUGUAUUUUUGACUGUAUUUUGUUGUAGAGAUAUUCUUCAUCAUAUUGACUGUUUAGGUUAAAUGUCAAUGUCAAGCCCAGUUAUUAUUAACUUAAGUUAUUAAGUUAAAAGAAAAAGCAGCUGGCGUGUCAAGUGUAAUCUGUUUAAUCCUCUCAUUACUGAGUGAAAGACUUGAUAUUUUCUUCUCAUUCAGUACAUUUACAUGCACAGCUAUGUCAAGCUAUAUUCAUAGCUUGAUUGUUUGGGGUUAUAACUGUGAAACUGGUAGAAAUACAUUAACACGUCGUUUUGUGUGUUUUUGAUCACAGGUUUCCAUGCUAACCAGGGUCUGGUAGAAGGUUGGCUGCCCACUCUACUGCUACUCAGAGAUUAUGACAUCCCCUCCUUCUUCACUAUGUACAGGUAACUCACAGAAGAGUAAAUCUGAAUUAUGUACUCUUUUAACAUUAAAUAGUGGGAUAAUAACAUUGGCUUCCCUUUAAGAAUCAGCAACUGUUUAAAGUUCUUUGUGCCAGAGGGACUCAUUAUCCUAACUUCACCAUCUGCCAUCCACAACACUUAAGGAAAAAAAGGAGGUGGCUUAAACAAAAGAGGUUGCACUGUUCCUCCUCCCUUUCUUGAUUUUUUAAAAGUUAAAUCCCUGCCCCCUUGAUGGUAUAAUUGUUGUUCUCUCAUCUCCUCACCUACCUGACCUCAUCAUUGCAGUUCUCAGUCUCAGUGCUGUUCUCACUGCCCACAACCCAGAUCACACUGCUACUCACACUUCAUACUCCAUCCCUCUGGUGGCAAAUAUCACUUUCCUGUUUGUACAAAGGCCAAGUUGAAGAGCAUAAUUAUUUCUUCUGCUGCAGGCACUUGCGGCAAACUCCCCCUGUGGGCUGUAACUUGAUGAUAAAACAAUCUUUAAACUGUUUUCUUGUGGGUGGAUGUUAAAAAUAAGUCUUUGAACAGUUGUUUCAUCUCGCCCCAGUCUGAGGACAAUAAAACUUUACAGACCAUAUCAAGUGAUUCUUGGACUCUUUGUCUCCCAACAGUGAGCUGGAGCUCAAGUAUUCACUCCAGAUCCUGCUAGAGCUGGAGAUGCAUAUCAAGGACAGUGGACCCAAUCCAUUUGCCUCACAGAAACCAGAGCAGGUCCAGGCCUGCCCCAAUAAAACCCCCGUCUACUGCAACUCUCACUACAUCCGCUUCCAGGGACUGCUGCCUCAAGAGGAGCCUGUGCCAGACCUUUAA